AUGUUAAAGGUUGAUUUAGAAAAGGCAUAUGAUUCUAUUUCUUGGAAGUACCUUAGACUUAUUUUGAAAGAAAUUGGAUUUGGGGACAUUUGGAUGAAUUGGAUGGAUGCUUGCAUUUUCAUGAGUCACUUGUCCUUUUUGGUGAACGGAAGCGCUACAAAGGAUUUCAAGGCUCAAAGAGGAUUACGCCAAGGGGACCCUUUGUCUCCCUUUCUUUUUGUCUUAGCUAUGGAGGGCCUGACCGCCUUAGUUCACAAAUCGGUGGCUUUGGGUGAAUUUAAACUGUUCAAGUAUGGUGUGGAAGAUUUUGUGGACAUCCUUCAAUUCGCGGACGGCACAAUUAUUUUAGGAGAGCCUUCUAAUGACAAUCUUUGGUACUUGAAAGUGGUAUUGAGAGGUUUCGAACUUGUCUCGGGUUUGAAGAUUAACUUCUCUAAAAGUAAUGUUUGUGGUGUUAACAUUAGUGAGAGUUUCAUGAAUUCCGCGAAGUCCUUUCUUGGUUGUAAAAAAGGGAGUAUUUCGUUUUUGUUUUUAGGAAUUAUGGUGGGUGCAAAUCCUAGAAGGAAAAAGACUCGGUUGAAGAAUAAGAGAAGUAUACAUUGGGUUAAAUGGGAAACGGUGUGUAAGCCUAAAGAGAAAGGUGUCCUUGGCUUGAGAGAUGUAGGGGAAAUAAACAAAGCUCUACUUUACAAAUGGAAAUGGAGGAUUCUAAAGGAAGACAAGGCUAUUUGGAGUAAAUUAUUGCAAGUUAGAUACGUGGAGCCGAAAAAUAAGAUCCUUGCUCCUUGUGAAAUGGUUGUGUGUUCAAACGACUCUAUGUGGUGGAGGGAUAUAUUAAGAAAUGAUGUCAAAACAGAUUGUAAUGAAGAAAUUUUAUCGGGUUUCAUCCAAUGUGAGGUUAAAAAAGGUACGCAUAUUCCUUUUUGGUUUGGAAAUUGGAUAGGGGAUCAAAUUCUUAGCAUUAAAUUCCCAGAUUUAUUUGACAUUUCCAUUAACAAAUUAUGUACUGUGACUGAUGUAUUUUAUUGGGAGGAUAAUGGCACUGUGUGGAACUCGGUUUUGCUGUUUGGUCCUGAGUUCGGUGAAGGUUUGUCCGCUGCCAGCAGGAGUAUGCAACAGGCCUGGCGUGAUUUCAAGCUGUUGUUGAGUGAUGUCCGGCUGGAGGGUGGUCGCAGUGAUGCCUUCAGGUGGAGGCCUAAUGAUAACGGUGAAUUCACGGUGGCUAGUGUGAAUAGCUUGAUUUCGGAGAAUAAAGAUAGUGUGUGGUUGCCGAACAAAGUGUCUAUGUUGAAUGUUAUGUGGAAACCUAUAGUUCCGCCUAGAAUAUAG